AUGGGUCAAAUGUGCUGGACCUUCCCGUCCACGGGGCCGCGCGGCAAGCAGGGCUCCAUCAAGGCGCAGCCGGCCGCCAAGGCCGAGUUCCCCUGGCAGGCACAGCUGCUGAAGCGGGGCGCGCACGUGUGCGGUGCUGUGCUGGUCAGCGACCGCUGGCUGCUGACCGCCGCUCACUGUCUCUCUGGGCUGGAGGAGCUCGAUGCGUACCAGCAGAGCGACAUCGCUCUGAUCAAGCUGGACCGGCCGGCGCUGCUCGGCGACGGGGUGGCACCGAUCCCCCUACCCAAGGCCACCGAUGACUUCACCGGCAAGUACGGCGUGGCGGCCGGCUGGGGCGCGUCGGACGCGACGGCGGAGGGGCCCAUCUAUCCCCGCCUGCUGCACAAGGUGCCACUGCGCGUGCUCAGCGACGAGCAGUGCCUGCGUCGGCUGCUGUAUUUCAGCUUCGCUCCGCGCCCGAUGCUGUGUGCCGUGCCAUCGCCAGAGAGCAGCCUGUGCUGGGGCGACUCGGGCGGCGGGCUGGCCUACUACAGGGCGCCCGGCGCACCGGUGCUCGCCGCCAUCACCUCCUGGGGCGUCGAUUGCGGCCUGACCGACACGCCGGCCGUGUUUAUCGACGUGGCCUACCACGUCAACUGGAUCAAGGACACCAUGAACGAGCCGCUGUUCGACACCGUCUGA